UCCCUGGAGCGCACUAUAAAACCUGCACGGGUGGCGCUCGCCGCUCAGCCAGACCUGGGUGAAGGGGCAGUCCCAUCUCCAGCCUGUAACAGCCCUAGCAGGCAGAACAUGAGCCUCUUCCUGCGAAAGCGAUGCCUGUGCCUAGGCUUCCUGCUCUUCCAUCUCUUAAGUCAAGUCUCUGCAUCUCUGCGCUGCCCUUCUCGGUGCCCGCCCAAAUGCCCCAGUAUAUCACCGACCUGCGCCCCCGGGGUGCGCUCGGUGCUGGACGGCUGCUCCUGCUGUCCGGUGUGCGCCCGCCAGCGCGGGGAGAGUUGUUCUGAGAUGAGACCCUGUGACCAGAGCAGUGGUCUCUACUGUGACCGCAGCGCAGACCCCAACAACCAGACUGGCAUUUGCAUGGUUCCAGAGGGAGACAACUGUGUGUUCGAUGGGGUCAUUUACCGCAACGGAGAGAAGUUUGAGCCGAACUGUCAGUACUUCUGCACCUGCAGGGAUGGGCAGAUUGGCUGUCUGCCCCGCUGCCAGCUGGAUGUGCUACUGCCGGGUCCUGACUGCCCAGCUCCGAGAAAAGUUGCAGUGCCAGGGGAGUGCUGCGAAAAGUGGACCUGUGGCUCAGAGGAGCAGGGGACGCAGGGGACACUGGGAGGCCUGGCCCUUCCAGCCUAUAGACCGGAAGCCACCGUAGGAGUUGAAGUCUCUGACUCCAGCAUUAACUGCAUUGAGCAGACGACGGAGUGGAGCGCAUGUUCCAAGAGCUGUGGAAUGGGCGUGUCCACCCGGGUCACCAACAGGAAUCGCCAGUGUGAGAUGGUAAAACAGACUCGUCUCUGCAUCGUCCGGCCUUGUGAACAAGAGCCCGAGGAAGUAACAGACAAGAAAGGUAAAAAGUGUCUCCGCACCAAGAAGUCCCUGAAAGCCAUCCACCUACAGUUCGAGAAUUGCACUAGCUUGUACACCUAUAAGCCCCGGUUCUGCGGGGUCUGCAGUGAUGGCCGCUGCUGUACCCCCCACAACACCAAAACCAUCCAGGUGGAGUUUCAGUGUCUCCCGGGGAAUAUCAUCAAGAAACCACUCAUGGUCAUUGGAACCUGUACUUGCUACUCCAACUGCCCUCAGAACAAUGAGGCCUUCCUCCAAGAUCUGGAGCUGAAGACAAGCAGAGGAGAAAUUUAACAGGUGCUCAGGGAAGCAUAUUGGUUGAGGCAAACGGUUGCUGCCGCAUAGCCCACCAUCUGUAUAUAAGAAACAUAAUGAAGUUUUCCCAUGUAUGUUGCUGUGAUCAUAUGAGGCCAUUUAUAUUUGUCUUUUUUUUUUUUAAUGAAAGAUGUUCCGAAUGUAAACUUAGAAUCAAGGUAAGCUCAAAAUAUGGCUUAAAGGUGACUUCCUUUCCUGUGCUGUUUAUUACAAGAGCAAAUUUGUAUAAAUUUAAGUCACAUAAAUGAUCUAGUUAGUAGAAUGUGUCACAUCACAUUCAUUUUCUGUGCACUAGUUAAAUCCCAAUAAAUGUUACAGAAAUGA